AUGAAGAACGACUGUACCAAACGAACUAAAGCGUCUAAAAUUCCCGUAGAAGUAUCUGAGUCGUUACAAAAGCUUUCCAAAGUUGUCGACAAUGUGCGACAAUCAAUUGGCAAUAUUCCUGUUAUACAAUCUACCAGUGCAAAAUCUGAAUCUACAGAAUUGCCACCUGUGGCUAUGGAAACGGAAGAAGAGAUAGAAAAAAAAGAGAAAGAAACAUUGUUGAGCUUUAUUUCAGACUGUGUUACCAGGCAAGAAGAAAAGAAAACAUUGAGACAAAAUAAUCAAGAAUGCGUGUUCCCUGAUGAAUCCGAUAUAUCUAAACGCGAUUCUAGUUUGAAAAAAAAUACAGCAUUCAUAAGAAAACUUAAAAAUUUUCCUCCUCCUCAACUUGAUCAGCUACUCAAAGACAUGAAUUCUUUGAAUUUGACUAAAUAUCUAUCAGAAGUUGUGUCAGCUCUUACCGAAAUCAAACUGAAAAUGACAGAAAUUGAUGCCAUGAUAUUAUUAUGCACCCAAUUAAAUACAACUUAUUCCGAUUUUUCAAAAAUUUUCUUUGAGCAGUGGCAAAAAAUUUUAAACAUUAAAAAAGAUGAUAAAAUAGCAAAUAUGAGCAAAUUUAGGGUUGAUCUUAGGCUGUUUGCUGAACUUACAUCUGCUGGUAUUAUACCUCAAAAAGAAGGUCUUGUCUUACUUGGCAAUAUACUAACUAUCCUAAUUAACUCUGAUCUUCAGGAACAUAACAAUAUAAAUAUCAUACUUAGCUUUUGUAAGUAUUGUGGCGAUGACUAUGCUGGAUUAGUUCCUAAAGAAAUGCAAGAUCUAGCAGAUAGGUUUGAUGUUGAAAUACCUAAAAGCAAUAUGAUUUCCAGUGACAAACAGAAAAAUGUAAGAGCAUUGUUGAAGGAUUAUUAUGUAUCUUUAAAUAAUCACAUAAAAAGAAUGCAUAAUGAUUUAGAGUACGCUGAGAAACAAAAUGAAAAAAUAUUACAAACCAAAGAAGAAAAAAAGAAUAGUUCAACUGAGGAUUUGACCGAUUCAGAAUUAGAUAUCGUAGGAACACCAACACCGUCAGAAUUAACUAGUCUUUGGGAAGAUGAGGAAACACAAAAGUUUUAUGAAGAAUUUCCAAAUCUUAGUAAUUAUAUUCCUGAUAAAAACAAGAAGAUUGAAGAACCCGAAGAGCCUGAAGCUGAAUGUAAUACAAAGAAAAGUUUAUCAGAUAUUAAAGAUGCCGUUGAUGUUGAAGUAUCCAAUAUUGGUACCAAAGUUAUAUUUGAAUCAUUUAUUGAACAAUUACCAAAAUGUGUUAAUCGAGAAAUGAUUGACAAUUUGGCUAUUGAAUUUUUAAUAUAUCUCAAUACUAAGAAUAAUCGCAAAAAAUUAGUUAAAGUGUUAUUCAGUGUCCCUAGAACAAGAGUAGAUCUGUUGCCAUUCUACACACGUUUAGUAGCUAUUUUAAAUCCGUUGAUGCCAGAAGUUGCUCUUGAACUUUGUUCUUUGUUAAAAAGUGAUUUCAGGUAUAACGUAAAGAAAAAAGAUCAGAUUAAUAUUGAAACUAAACUUAAAGUUGUUCGUUAUAUUGGAGAAAUGGUUAAGUUUAACCUUAUGAUUAAAUCCGAAGCGUUACAUUGCUUUAAAAUGUUGCUUAAUGAUUUCAGUCAUCAUCAUAUAGAAAUGGGUUGUGCUUUAUUAGAAACAGCCGGACGGUUUUUGUACCGUUCUCCAGAAAGUCAUCACCGCACUAAAAUUUACUUAGAACAAAUGAUGAGAGUCAAAUCUGUUUCAGCUCUGAGGCCCGUUUAUGUUACAAUGAUUGAAAAUGCUUAUUAUUUUGUUAAUCCUUCUGAUUCUCCAGCUAUAAUGAAAAAGCAGAGACCUAUAUUACAUGAGUUUAUUAGACAUUUACUUUAUAAUGAGCUAAAAGAUGCACCUGAAAAAGAGAACAUUAUUCUAGGACUCCUUAAACAAAUGGACUGGGAAAAUUUUGCAGAGAAAACUUAUUUGAUAAAAUGUUUGACUGAGGCUUGGAAUGUCACUUAUCCAAUGAUUUCAGAUUUGGCAUGUUUAGUUGCCGCUUUUGUUGAUUAUGAUGAUUCAAUUGGAACUCGUGUCGUAGAUGGAGUCAUGGAAGAUAUUCGUGUGGGUCUAGAAACAAACUUAGUGAAAUUUAAUCAAAGGAGAAUAGCUAUGAUCAAGUAUUUUGGUGAGCUAUAUAAUUAUAGACUAAUAGAAAGCAAUGAUGUGUUCAAAGUUUUGUAUAGUCUUGUGUCAUUUGGUGUAGUGUAUGAUCCAGAUUUUUAUUCCACAUUUGAUCCUCCUGAAAAUUUAUUUAGACUGAGACUUAUAUGUGUUCUACUAGACACUUGUGGAGAGUUUUUCAAUCGAGGACCUGGUAAACUUAAAUUAGAUUGCUUUAUUUUAUAUUUUCAAUAUUAUUUUUGGUUAAAAAAAUCAAGUACUACUUGGGAUACUCAAAAUCCCUUUCCUGUAACAGUGGAUUACUUAGUUACAGACAUAUUAAAAAAACUUCGACCUAAUUUGAAGAUGAAAAACUGUUUUCUUGAAGCACAAAAGGUAGUUAUUUUACUUCAAGAAAGACUUAUUCAACAGUAUAAUCUCAACCAAAAAGAAGAAUCUCAACUAUCAACCAUUGACGAAGAGGCUGAUGAUAGACAACAUUUAGAAGAGGAUGACUCUGAUGUAGAUUAUACAGAAGAUGAAGAAAGUGAUGGUACUGUUUGUAGUGAUAAGACUCCAGUUGAGCCUGUCCGUCGUAAAAUUGAAGACCCUGAAGACUUUGAGUUUUUGGAAUCUUUUGAUAAAAUGGUCAGCGAUAAUAUACAAGAAAGGACAAAAGAAGCAAUACGUCCUCAAACAGAAAUAUCAAUACCGUUUCAUUUAAAGAAAUACAGUAAAAAGACUUAUGAGCAGUUACAGAAUACUAAUGAAGAUAACUCUGUAAAUUUUAUAUUGAUGUUGAAAAAAGGAAACAAACAAACGUUCAAGAGCUUGCAGGUGCCAGUGGAUUCUGAAAUGGCAUCAAAUCUGAAAAGCCAAGAAAUGGCUGAACAGGCAGAGCUAAGAAGAGUAAAGCAACUUACUCUAGAUAUCAACAAUAGACAAGAAGAGGAAGAUUAUAAAGAUUUGGCUCAGGUAAUGCAGAAACCAAUUACUACUGCUUUUAAAGAUAAAAAGCCACUACCAACUAAAGGAACGCCAGAUGCAGAGACAAUAUUUGGGAAGAAAAAAAGUGACAAAUGGGUUUAA